CCACAAUCGUCCUCCAUUCUUUCUGAACCACCCGAUGGCCUCCCUCGUUCGCUGUCUGGAGUCUCAGUCUGCUCCAUUCUAGCAAUCCACAAACCCAGCCAGGCAUACAAUUAUUACAUUACUGGAUGCUAAUAUUCAAACUCUGACCGCGCAGGUAGAAGCUGUUACGAAUUCUAUGCCUCAGGCCGAGUAUCAAUCUCGAGCACUGUCCAGAGCAUUUCAUGUCAUGAUUGCAAACUGCAGGAGCGAUUGAUCAAACCCGUCGGCUUUUUGUUCAUACCAGGCCCCGGGUCCGGUUACUUCAUCCUCAACAACUGCGACAGGAGGCGCUUCAGCUGGUGAAGAGGCAAAUCUGGUCCGCGUAUUGCAUCCAUCCCAGUCGUUCGGCAAUCAACCUCCUGUAAGCAAGACAAAUAUUGUGCUGCGGCCGACAGACACUGGCAUCUAGGUGACAAACCACUCUCACGUCUCUCGUGUUGCUGAAACCAAAAAUCCAUCAGAUCGCUGUUUAGUCAUCUGUUCAUCCAUCACCCAACAAUUCAUCCUAGAACGUUCGUUUGCGAUGCCGCUUGCCCGAGGCUUCCACAGAUACUCCUGUCUAGAUCUGACGCGGCCUCCCCCAACUUACCUUAACACAUCCUUGGUCGACGGUAGACGAUGGUGGGCACGAGGAAAAGCAAGUGUGACAGGGGGGCACCGUAUAUUUCAGAUGUGCAACACAAAGUAGCAGAAGGAAUGCCUAUGAAGCACAACCAAUUUGAAAGUCCGGCGACGCACGGUGACCUCCAAUGGAAAAGCAGUCCAGACCCAAUUCGAACGUAAUGGCGAAACGCGGCCAGUCUGAUUCGCUUCUGACUCAGGAAGACGAAACGACCCUCGUCAGCCGUGGGUGGUGAGCGGUCGGCGACCCGUGACUCAAAAACCAGAACGGUUUGUCCUUGAUUCAGACGAGCGGCAAAUGAAAAAUGUAACCACCGCCACCGUACCCCUUUUGGGCUUCUUUUCCGACACUUCCGUUGGCGAAGGUUGCGUGGCCGGAAACCCAAUAUUGUGCGCUCUGCCGUCAAGCUGAUGAGUCUUCCCAAGGCGUCUCUGACCUUGUCCUUCGAUAUCGGCCGCACCUUUGCUCGCUGUUCUGCCAUAUCAUGGCUGAAUAACGAGCUCGCCCAAGGCAUAGUCCGGGGACUACUUUGGGACUUGGACCCGGGAGGCUGCCUUUUCCUCGUAUGCAAGUGGCUGCUGACGGUGGGGAGCAGCCCGUUGGGGGCCCAUCCUCACUUGCUAGAUGGCAAAUAAUGUCAUCUUGCGCCGAUGCAGCUGGUCAUAGCUGUCUUGGCCGGCAGCCUGAGCAUAACCUUACCUUCCUACGAGUUCCGACACUCGAGACUCGUGUGUGGGGACGAUAUCUUUGGCUGGGCCGUCAGCCAGGCAGCACAAGCACAUCGCAGUCUUUCCUGCCAGUGGGGAUCCUUGAUCUGUGACUCGGAAUACCAGCUGAUCGGACAGUCCUCGGCGAUUUCGUGGCUCACCCUGCCAGUGUAACGUGGCUGGCAUGCUGAUUGCUAUCGACAACAGGCUUGCUCGAGCGACAUCCAUACUAUCAUGUGUCCGUGAGCGACACUUGUGGUAUAUGGGCAGCAAGUCUACCUGGCAAGUAGGGUGGGACGAACCCAGGCUACCGAGACGUAUCGUCAACCAUGGCAACUUGACUUAUCAAACGGUGGUCACCUUGGACGGAGAAGGCAUGCGGCCAUCCCUAGCGAACGCUUAGGCAAAGAGCCCGACAAAGGCAUCCACACAAGCAGGCGUGGUCGCACGCUAGCAAUCCUUGAUGGUACAAGUCAGAAACCGGAUACGUUAAUAGGACUCCGAAGCAUCAAUAAUGUACAAUAAUGCUGUGUACAACUAAUCAAAGCGAUAAGCUGGUCGGAGCGGAUCACCAGGCCAUGUCUCAUCAUACAGAGCUCCCAGCCAAGUCCCACGCAUUUGAGUGUCACAGUCGCAGCCUUGAGAGCGUCUUAUGGAUAAUCAGGAGAAGCCUGAGAUGAAGCAGGACCCAUGUAUUCUAUGAGGUCCAUACCCGCAUCUUGCUUGAUACAGGAUGUUCGAAGACAAAACGGGACGUGCGGGGCAUUUUACAGAAGACUCUGCCUUGGUGAGGUCAGUGCUGCCUGUUGUUGGACUCGGAUGUUCGAAUACACGAUCAUGGCGGACGAAGAAGGUAGGAUGUCCACUGUCCGAGAUCAAAGGGCAUGUUUUCGCAAGUACAGUAAGUACUAGGUAUGUCUCCGCGAACUUGAACCAGAGAUUUUAGGUUUGAUUCCUUCGACAAUCUCAUCGAUGCGUUUGGCUGUUGCCUAACUUCAAGAGAGUCACAUGGACUUCACGUUGUCCCCCACGAACCGGCACCAUGGUCCACCGCAGGUCAGUGUUUCAGGAGGGGCCUUUCGGAAUCAUGAAUUCGUUGGAUGACUGUUCCAGGCCAGUCGGGUAGGUAAGUGCGUUUUGAAGCAGUUGGUGGGUAAAAAUGAGCGGAAUUCCACACCUGGAAAUCAUUCUCAAUCUGGUGGAAGUUUGAAUUGGACGACCAGUCGGUCCGUAACCACAAAGCAGUGGCUUGAUCCGAGUUUGAAUAUGAGCAACUCGCAUUUCGAAAAACUGGAGAAAACCUUGCCCUGGGGAAAAGGAUUUUCCUUUCUGUAUCUGUCUACCGAUAUCGAUACCCAAACACCAUCGUGCUUGCUGAUCUUUUAUUCUUUCUUUUUUGUCUAUCACCAUGUAUCGUACGUCUUCCUGGGUUUGGCCGCGGUUGGUUAUGUUGGGUUGACCCUGCUUUGCUCUCUAAGAGCACUGAAAAUACGCGAUACCCAUGGUUGCCUGCGGCGGAAGUCCGUCGGGUCCCAAAAAAGCAAGAAAGGGCACAAACAGAAAAAGACAACAAUCUGUUAAACCCUUCAAAAGGUACCUUGAUCAAUCUGAUUACACUCAGUCAACCUCGCUGCAGCGGCCCGAGCUGCACUGCGAGGACAUCGUCUUUCUUCCUUUGUUUGUUUGGGUCUAGAACUGAGCCCCCCCCCCAACUUUUGCCCAGUCCAGUCCCGGCCAGUGUCAAGGUAGGCUUGUGUCAGAGCAGAUCGAAAGGUGAACAGAAGCUGGAUCAGUUAAGGUAGCCGAGACUGAUGAGUUCAAGAGCACUGCGCUGCCCUGCCCUGCAUGGAGAUCGUCAGCACUCAGCUGGGGCAAUGGGUAUCAUUUGCUCUUCUUGUAUCCGCGCCGAGUUUGCUCUCCAAAUGGGCACAGUCUUUUUACCUUCCGCCCCUCCAAGUCUUGUAUUGAAAAUCAU